AUGCGCAAGAAAUUCAUUUUAAAGAUACUGCUAUUGACCAUUUUGGUUGUUGGAUCAUCAUUUUCAGCAAGUAGUCCUUCAAGAAACCUGAUAAAUGAAUCAUUAAAUAAGGGAAGAAAUGAGCAACAUUAUCAGGAUUGGCAAGAGUUAAAAUUGCUAAUUCCUAAUUUUCAAAUUGAUAAGCAUGGUGAGGAAAAUGGUAAUAUUAAUGAAUUUAAAAUUUACAUAUACUCAGCAUAUUAUGAUUGGAGAAUAGAUAGGGUACGAAUUAACUCACUUAUCCCAUUAAAUUUUGAUAACCGAAUAGAAAUGGAAUGCGCAGUAAUGAAGGACGAAAAUAUUUAUUUAGGAACUAUUGUUAAAACCAUUCACAAAGAACAUCACAAUAAGGAAUAUGUAUCAUCAACUUUACUCUGCGAAGUUCUAGAUAAUGAAAUAAAUUUUGACGAGAUAUCAGGAGAAAUUUUGUUAAGAAUUUUUGAAAAUGGAAAUAUUAUUAAUAAAUCAGAAAAAUGGAUAAUUAUAAACAGUAUUCCAAAAAAUAGUUUGAAUAAUUACGAGCUAAAUAUUUGUGUAAGGCCUUGGUGGGGUGAACCAAUAAAGAAUGAGGACUUUGGAAAUCAACAAAAAUUCAAUAAUGCAGGGCUAAUACUUGAAUUUAUUAACUCAUAUUUAUACUUGGGCGUGAACAAAUUCUACUUAUAUCAGAAUUACUUGGAACUGGAUGAAGAUGUAAAAAAUGUAAUAAAUUAUUAUUCUAAUAUCAAAAAAGUAUUGGAGAUUAUUCCAUAUGCAUUACCAAUAAUUCCUUUUAAACAAGUUUGGGAUUUUGCCCAAACAACUAUGAUACAGGAUUGUUUAUUAAGAAAUAUUGGGGAAACCAAAUAUUUGUUGUUUGUAGAUACUGAUGAAUUUGUAUUUCCAAGCCUAAAAAAUUACAAUUUAAUAGAUUUUUUAAAUCUAAUGGAAUCCAGUAGUACAUAUAAUAAGGUUGGGGCACUAUGGAUUCCGAUGUAUUUUCAUUUUUUAGAGUGGGAAUCUGAUAAAAAUAAUUUGAAGAGAUAUUCAAAAAUUGAGAAAGAAAUUAGCGAAAAAAUGGAAAAUUUAGAGUUUAUUUUAUAUCGUAAAACAUGUAGAAUGUUAAGUUCCGGUACAAAAAAAAGUGACAAGACGAGAAGAAAAGUUAUUAUUAAACCUGAAAGGGUCUUAUAUAUGGGAAUACACGAGACUGAAGAAAUGAUAAGUAAAAAGUUCCAUUUUAUUAAGGCUCCUUUAAUUAGUGUAGGUGGGAAAGAUGAACUAAGAAUAUAUUUGCAUCAUUAUAGAAAGGCAAAAGGAAUUGUGAACAAUGAUCCAAAGCAAAGAGAGCUUUUUGAUAUGUAUUCAGAAAAUGUUUGUUCAAGCCAAUUAUUAGAUGAAAGUACAUAUUCUAUCGGAAAUAGUGCAAUUGUAGACAAUAUUGUGUGGGAGAUAUUUGGGACAGAUUUAUACGAGAUAAUUUUUGAAGAUGUUAAGGAAAUACAAAAUAUUUACAAAAAAAAAGAAAUGGUGAAAGAUAAUAAAAAUGAUGAUAGAGAAAAAUUACAUGAUUAG